AUGGACAUCGACUCCCCACCAGCAGAGUCGUUCCCUACCCCCCAGGACCCCCACAACCACAUCAAUCUCCCCUCCUUCUCCGCCUCCUUCCCUCUCCCCUUCCGCGUCCUCUUUCUCGUUGGCGUCGCAUUAUUACUAUGGGCCAUCAAUCUCCAAGUGCUGAGCUGGAUAGGGCUGGACAUGAGCUGGAUAUUGGAUCUGAGAGAUGAUCCUGGUGAAGGAGUUGAGGGACUAGACGACGGUGUUGUCGGGGAGCUGGCAGAAGAGGGCGCUCUCGAACUCGUAAACUCGCCUCGUCUUCGAGUAGAACCUCCACGCCAUGCUGAGGAUCAACCACCCGACACACCUAUACGCCCGACGUCCUCCCGCUUGGUACGACCCCCGAGCAAAUCGUUACAUGUGGGGAUGUACAAGCUUUUCGCAGUGUAUACAGCUUUCGUGGGCGUGGCCUGGGGGCUGUUUUGGGUUCUCAGUGGGGGAGGAGAUGAGGAGGCUAUGGAGAGGUGUAGAUGGGUGCCUGGGUUGACGGCGUUGGGUGUGGUUGCGGCUGUGAGCGUACCAUGGAGAGGUGUUGGGGAAAGAGAGAGACUUGGUUUCAGAAGAGCUAUGAAACGGAUACUGUUACCGAAACUGAACGAUCCAAUCUACUUUUCCGACGUGAUUCUCGCCGAUAUCCUGACGUCUUUCGCCAAAGUCCUGGGUGACUUGUGGAUAUCUGCCGCCCAGAUAUGGAAUGGAAAUAUCACCCAGGGAAGAGUGGGCCAGACCGGAGUGGGUAAAUGGAUUACUUUGGCUAUGGUCAGCCUGCCGUACCUGCUUCGUUUCCGACAAUGCCUACUGGAAUUCCACCAAUCAUCCUACUCUUCCCCGCGCCCCCUUGCCAACGCCCUCAAAUACUUUUCCGCUUUCCCCGUCAUCUUCCUUUCCGCCGCCCAAAAGACCGUAGUCACCGACAUUGCCAACUCCAAAGGUCUAUCUGUCCAAGAGCUCGCCGCUCAACACGCCAGCCAGUGGUUUGGCGAGCACAGACUCUUCAGACUGUGGCUUUUGGCAGUAUGCGUCAACUCGAUGUACAGUUUCUGGUGGGAUGUGACGAUGGACUGGGGGUUGGCAUUGUUGGAAGUGGAUACUUGGCUCCCGAGAAGUGAGGGCGGGCUGGCCCUUGGAAGUCCGGGAUCAAGAGGGAGGCGAUCAGGCUUUGUGGAGACUGUGAAGAGGCUGUUUGGACGAAGCAGAGAUAUCAAUCAUCAGCGCUCCCCUUGCCCUUCCCCUGCACCAUUCCCGGGUUCGAACCCGACCUCUCCCACCAGGGCCCCCAUAUCAGCUCCCUCACCUUCCCACACCCCAACUCCUACACCAUCCCGCUCCCUCCUCACACACGGCCUGCGCCAGCACCUUCUCCUUCCCGAUCCUUUGGUGUACCACCUCUUCACCAUCAUCGACCUCAUCCUCCGAUUUACCUGGUCGCUCAAGCUCUCUUCCCAUCUUCACACCAUCUCAGAAAUUGAGAGUGGAGUAUUCCUGAUGGAGACGCUGGAACUGGUGAGGAGGUGGAUGUGGGUGUUUGUGAGAGCGGAAUGGGAGGCUGUCAAGAUGGGCGAAGGGAAUAGAUGGGGGAGGGGCAAGGUGGUUUGGGAAGGAGAGGACGAGUAG